UUCGAAGUUGCAUCAUUGAUCCUGUCUGUGGAUAAACAGUCACUGACACGUGGGAGAAUGAAAUAGUAUUUUUCUGAAAACCAGUGACAUAUAUUAAUUUGAUUGAUAAAACUCUUAUUCUUAGUUGAAUAUUUAAACACAGCAAAAAUGGUUGGUACGAAACCGAAAAAUAUUAAUGAAAAUGUAAUGAAGCUUAUAAAUAGCAUCCAUUAUGGAGAAAUCAAAGGCUCUUAUAAUAUCGUAGUAACUACCAUAUCAAUAUUCAAAGAAAUUAUUAAUAAUACAGAAUGGAAUACUGCAAAAGAUUUAAUGGAUAUCAUUAUACUGAAUGGAAAAUAUUUGACCAAGGAAUGUCCUCUUGAAGCUUGUAUUGGAAACAUGGUAAGAAGAAUAUUACAAAUCAUCAGGGAAGAAUAUACUUCAGAAUUAAAAAAUAAGACAGAUGAGAUAGACUCUCAGGAAUCUUUGCACAAGAUUCUCACUGCAGAAAGUGAUCAACAGAUAGACUUUAAUAUUCCAGUACCUUGUCUCAAAUCUGCUCUUAUUGAACACAUUAAUGAAUUUGAAACUGAGCUGGAAACCUGUUCAGAAAAUAUCAUUCAACAAGCUUCUGAGCACAUACAUUCGAACGAGAUUAUCAUGACUAUUGGAAAGUCUAAAUUAGUGGAGGAAUUUUUUAAAAGAGCUGCUACUACCAGAGCUUUUGAAGUUAUAGUGGCGGAGGGUGGGCCUCUUCUGUCUGGACACGAAAUGGCAGUGAAUUUAGCCAAGACGAAAAUCAAAACCACGCUUAUUUCGGAUGCAGCCAUUUUCGCGAUGAUGUCACGAGUUAAUAAAGUCAUAAUCGGUACCGAUACCGUUAUGGCGAAUGGUGGACUCAGAGCAAUCUCGGGAUCGCAUACUGUAGCGCAAGCUGCUAAACAUUACUCUGUUCCUGUGAUGGUUCUGUUACCGUUAUACAAGUUGUCGCCCCUUUACCUUUACCACAAGCAGGAUAGUUUCAACAGGCACGUUUCACCAUUUCUUGGUUUAAUCGAGAACAACAAUGCACAGUUGCUAACGAAGAUACGGGCAUACAAUCCUAUGUUUGAUUACGUUCCGCCAGACCUGGUCACGUUGUUUAUCUCGAACACAGGUGGAAACGCGCCAUCCUACGUGUACAGGCUGCUUAGUGAAUUAUAUCAUCCUGAUGAUUACGAAUUGUAAAUAAAGAGUUCUUUCUCUCUUCUGACUUUA